AUGGAGCCAUCAAAAAUGUCCACCAUGGCUCUUUUCCUGCUUGUGGUGUUUGGAAUAACUGUGGCCAAAGUCGAAGAAGAGAACCCAGAGUUCUGGAGAUCACAGGCAAAAAAGACUUUGCAAACAGCUCUGAAUAGGAAGCUGAACACCAACGUGGCCAAAAACAUCUUGUUUUUCCUUGGGGAUGGUAUGGGCAUCACAACCUACACAGCUGCUCGUAUCCUCAAGGGACAACUGCAGAACAACACAGGAGAGGAGACCGUGAUGACUAUGGACACCUUCCCCCAUGUGGGCUUGGCUAAGACCUACAGUGUGGACUUCCAGAUUGCAGAUAGUGCUGCCACAGCCACUGCUUAUCUGUGUGGGGUAAAAACCAACUUGAACACAAUUGGCGUCAGCGCAGCAGCUCGAAAUGGCAUUUGUAAGAGUCAGAAGGGAAAUGAAGUCACAUCCAUCCUGAAGUGGGCCAAAGAUGCAGGCAAGUCUGUCGGUAUUGUGACAACAACCCGCGUGCAACAUGCAACUCCAGCCACCAGCUAUGCCCAUAGUGCCAGCAGAAAAUGGUACUGUGAUGCUGACAUGCCUGCCUCCGCCAAGAAAGAUGGCUGCGCUGACAUUGCGUCUCAGCUGCUCAACAACACAGACAUAGAUGUGAUCAUUGGCGGUGGGAGAAAGUACAUGACUCCCAGGGGUACCAAGGAUCCAGAAUAUCCCAGAGACUACUCAUCCAGGGGUAAAAGACAAGACAAACGCAACCUCAUCAUUGAAUGGCUGAACCAGAAAACGGGCAAGGUUGCCCAUUAUGUGUGGAAUAAAACUGAUUUUGAUGCUGUUGAUCCAGGAACCACAGAUUACCUAAUGGCUCUGUUUGAACCGGGUGAUCUGCGAUACGAAGCUGAAAGGGAUCCCAACAUGGACCCAUCCAUCAUCGAGACCACAGAAAAAGCCAUCCGCAUUCUCAGGAAAAACCCUAGAGGCUUCUUUCUUUUAGUGGAAGGUGGCCGCAUUGACCAAGCCCAUCACGAUGGCCGAGCAUACAUGGCGCUUCAUGAGGCGGUUGCGUUGGACUCAGCCAUUGCCAAGGGCCUUGAACUCACUAACGAGGAGGAAACGCUCACUAUCGUGAUGGCUGACCAUUCCCAUCCGUUUACCUUCAACGGAUAUCCCUUUCGAGGGCAAAGUAUUCUGGGGAAAUCUCCACUGUGGGCCAAAGAUAUGUUGCCGUACACCACACUGAUGUAUGGAAAUGGACCCGGACACAAAACCACUAAUGGGACACGGCCCGACAUCCGCAAUGUCAACACAAAAACUAAAGAGUACAUCCAGCUGUCAGCAGUUCCUACAGCCUCGGCCACCCACAGUGGAGAGGAUGUCGCCGUGCUGGCCCGUGGACCCAUGGCUCACCUCUUCCAUGGCGUCCAGGAGCAGAAUUACAUUGCCCACGCUAUGGCUUAUGCCGCAUGUGUGGGGGCAGACCAGCGGCACUGUCGAGGGCAAACCACUCCGGCUUUGGUUCACACUACCUUUAAUAACAAUUAUAACAGUGCUGGGGGAGCACAAAGCUCAGUGGCAUUGAUAAGUGGCCUCCUUGGUGCAACUCUGCUGGCCCUUAAUGAGCUGAUCUAA